AUGGGGAAGUGGGUCGACCUUGACCCUGAUAUACCGUCUCUAAUACUCCUCAGAAUCCCAACUCACCAGAGGGUGUCAACCGCCUCUUUGGUCUGCAAAUCCUGGUUGUCAUGUGUGUUGGAUCCGUUCUUCUGGUCCGACAUUGACCUUCUAGAUUGGUACCGUCGCCACCCCUAUCUGAAAAUCAAAUACGUUGAUUCUACCGUCAGGAAGCUCAUCCGUUGCAGCAAGGGCACCUUCCGCCGCCUAUUUUCCGUCCGCAUUGGUGACGCCGGCUUCGCUUUCACUGCUAACUGUGGAAGGUGUCUUAAAGUGUUGGAGAUUCCCAUGAGUGAAGUAAAUGACAAGACAGUGGUAAAGUUUGCAGAAUCUCUUGCAAGCCUGACUGUCUCGAAUAUUAGCUACUGUUCGAGGAUUACUCAAGUAGGCAUCGAAGCCUUUGGGAAGAACUGCAAAUCAUGGACUCAGUUAAAGAGAAAUAUGCCCCCACGAGCAUUGGAGAGGUUAUUAAACACAUCAACGGUCAAUGAGCUUGAGGCAAUGGCCAUAGCUGAUUCAAUGCCAUUGCUCCAGCAUCUUCACCUUGGUUUUGGCUGCUUUAGUGAGCGUGGUGCCGGCAACUGUUUGCUUUUAGGAGACCCCUUUCUUUUCACUGGCAAGGAUGAACAAGAUGAUGGCGAUGCUGAAUAUUCUUCCUCGGAUUCCGAAUGGAAGAUCUUGUUUCUUCAUCCAGGCUAA